CUCCAUGUCUUCCUUGUUGCUCCAAUAAGAUUUCCUCUUCUCUUUGGUAGUGCUCCACUGGUGCCGUAGUCCUUUAGCUUUCUUUGGGCAUUGCUCGCCAACGAGGGCGAUGACUUCAAACCACACUUUGCUCGCGACCUGUCGGCGAUCUGAUGGAAAGUUUAGGAAUUUAAAGAAGCUGAUGGCGGAGAAAUCGUUGAGGUUUCGACCAACUAUUGUGAUGGGCUGGCUUAGGCGAAAGCAUAGAGUCGUAGUUGAUUUCGAAGACGUUGUAUAUCCUUUUCACCAAAUAUAAAUACAAGGGAUCCUAUGCUUUUCGUAAUCGUCACAGGAACAAGAAAGAAGAAAAC